AUGUUUGCUUCUCGCAUUUCUCGCGCGCUCCCCCGCGCUGCUUUCACUCGCGCCCCUUCCUCCAGAAUCCCCAGCACUGCUUUCCGCCGAUGGAACUCCACGGAAGGUGGCGAGGAGAAGGUGAAGGGCCAGGUCAUCGGUAUUGAUCUGGGUACCACCAACUCCGCCGUUGCUGUCAUGGAGGGCAAGGCCCCUAAGAUUAUUGAGAACGCUGAGGGUGCCCGUACUACUCCUUCCGUCGUCGGUAUCGCCGAGGAUGGUGAGCGUCUCGUUGGUGUUGCCGCCAAGCGUCAAGCCGUCGUUAACCCCGAGAACACUCUCUUCGCUACCAAGCGUCUCAUCGGUCGCAAGUUCACCGAUAUUGAGGUCCAGCGUGACAUCAAGGAGGUCCCCUACAAGAUCGUCCAGCACACCAACGGCGACGCCUGGGUUGAGGCUCGCGGCCAGAAGUACUCUCCCUCCCAGAUCGGUGGUUUCGUCCUGAACAAGAUGAAGGAGACUGCUGAGGCAUACCUCAACAAGCCCGUUAAGAACGCUGUUGUCACUGUCCCCGCCUACUUCAACGACUCUCAGCGCCAGGCCACCAAGGAUGCCGGUCAGAUCGCUGGUCUGAACGUCCUCCGUGUCGUCAACGAGCCUACCGCUGCUGCCCUUGCCUACGGUAUGGAGAAGGAGACUGACCGUGUUGUCGCCGUCUACGAUCUUGGUGGUGGUACUUUCGAUAUCUCCUGCCUGGAGAUCCAGAAGGGUGUCUUUGAGGUCAAGUCCACCAACGGUGACACUCACCUGGGUGGUGAGGACUUCGAUAUCACUCUGGUCCGCAACAUUGUUGAGAACUUCAAGAAGAAGUCCGGUGUUGACCUGUCCGGUGACCGCAUGGCCAUCCAGCGUAUCCGUGAGGCCGCCGAGAAGGCCAAGAUUGAGCUGUCUUCCUCCCUCCAGACCGAGAUCAGCCUUCCUUUCAUCACUGCCUCCGCCUCCGGUGCUCUUCACAUCCAGGAGAAGAUGACCCGUGCUCAGCUCGAGGCUCUGGUUGACCCUCUCAUCAGCCGUACCACCGAGCCCGUCCGUAAGGCCCUGAAGGAUGCCAACCUCAAGUCCAGCGACAUCCAGGACAUCAUCCUGGUUGGUGGUAUGACCCGUAUGCCCAAGGUUACCGAGUCCGUCAAGUCCAUGUUCGGCCGUGAGCCCUCCAAGUCCGUCAACCCCGAUGAGGCUGUCGCCAUCGGUGCCGCUGUCCAGGGUGCUGUCCUGGCUGGUGAGGUCACUGACGUUCUGCUGCUCGAUGUCACCCCCCUGUCCCUCGGUAUCGAGACCCUGGGUGGUGUCUUCACCCGUCUGAUCAACCGCAACACCACCAUCCCCACCAAGAAGUCCCAGACUUUCUCAACUGCCGCUGACAUGCAGACCGCUGUCGAGAUCAAGGUCUUCCAAGGUGAGCGUGAGCUUGUCAAGGACAACAAGAUGCUCGGAAACUUCCAGCUUGUUGGCCUCCCCCCUGCUUCCCGCGGUGUUCCCCAGAUCGAGGUUACCUUCGACAUUGACGCCGACUCCAUUGUCCACGUCCACGCCAAGGACAAGUCUACCAACAAGGACCAGUCUAUCACCAUUGCCUCCGGCUCCGGUCUUUCCGAUGCUGAGAUUCAGAACAUGGUUGACGAGGCCGAGAAGUACGGCGAGUCUGACAAGGAGCGCAAGCUCGCUAUCGAGGCUGCCAACCGCGCCGACAGCGUCCUGAACGACACCGAGAAGGCCCUGAAGGACUUCGAGGACAAGCUCGACAAGGCCGAGGCCGAGACCAUCAAGGAGAAGAUCGCCACUCUCCGUGAGUUCGUCGUCAAGAACCAGUCUGGCGAGGGCACUGCCACCGCCGAGGAGCUUAAGGAGAAGACCGAUGAGCUCCAGACUGCUUCCCUGACUCUGUUCGACAAGAUGCACAAGGCCAACAACGAGGCCCAGCAGCAGCAGCAGGGCGAGCAGCAGGGUGAGAACAAGCAGUAA